CUAAUUUGUGUAUAUGAGGAAUAAAUAGGAUCAGUAAUGUGAAAUCCCUAUAAGGUGAACAAUUUUAAACUUCCAGCUUUUAUUUUAUUUAGCAAAGCGUUAAUUUAGAACUGUCUGUGAGAAAAUCUUGUGGAAGAUUACGGUUGAGCACCCCCUAGUUACGUAAUGGGUUAGUUUAUCAUUACUGUACAGCGGAAGGAGGAGGACGUCAAUAUACAACAGCGUAUUUAUCCCAACAGGAGAAAUCCAUACUAUGUGGCUACCUAGUUAACUACCAAGUUAAAAAUCCACGACACAAUGCAAGCAUAGAUGACAACCCACCCCUCUAAACAGACCAACCACUUCAACUUUUAAACAAUUUUCUCAUCCAACAUCCCAGUCCUCUCUUCAAUGCCUAACAGUGGGGAUAGUUCAGGACCUAAUGUAUCUGGGAGUCAGCCAGGCGACCAGGCUACGCCCUUGUCCCAGCGACCCCCGCCCCCGGACAGAGAGGAUGAGCAACGCGGCCUGCUGACCACUCUCACUCGAGACUCCCUGAGGACCCGGAGAGCCUCCAGCGCUGAGAUCCAGCUCCCAUGGACCUGCCCCGUCACUCACUCCAGAGAGAAGUUCUACACGGUCUGCUCAGACUACGCCCUCCUCAACCAGGCUGCCUCUCUCUACCGGCUCCCCAGCACCCCCAGGGAGGUGGCCCACAGCAAGCAGGAUGGCAGCGGGGCCCCAUUAGUGAAGUCCAACACUGUGGACCUGUCUCAGGGUCAGGGGCAGCAUGCAGGUGUAGAGGAGGCCUCAGACGAAGACUUUGAUAUGGAGGGAGUGUCUUGCAGCAACACCAAGCCUAUCCUGGCUUGGGAGAUUGAUACCACUAACUUUGACGCUGUGCUAAUUCGAAAGCCCAGGACAAGCAACAUAAAGAGAGUCGGUACUAAGAAGAUGAAGUCUUCAGGGGGCAGUAGGAACCUGCAGGACCUUCCUCUCCACGCCUCGCAGGAUGAGAUCAAACAGAGAAAAGUCCUGGACCUCAGGAGAUGGUACUGUAUCAGCCGUCCCCAGUACAAGACGUCAUGUGGGAUAUCUUCAUUAGUUUCCUGCUGGAACUUUCUGUACAGCACACUAGGAGCAGGGAGUCUCCCACCCAUCUCCCAAGAGGGGGCUCUUCAGAUCCUAGGCUUCCAGCCUCCUUUUGAGGAGAUCAAGUUUGGUCCCUUUACAGGCAACGCUACCCUGAUGAGAUGGUUCAGGCAAAUCAAUGACAAUUUCCGUGUCCGAGGAUGUUCCUAUAUUCUGUACAAACCCCACGGGAAACACAAGACAGCAGGAGAGACUGCUGAGGGGGCGUUGUUGAAGUUGACCCAGGGCUUAAGAGAUGAAACCAUGGCCUACAUUUACCACUGUCAGAACCACUACUUCUGUCCUGUGGGCUUCGAGGCCACACCUUUCAAAGCAGCCAAAGCCUACAGGGGUACAUUACCAACUAAUGAACUGGAACACUGGAUUCUGAUUGGUGAACCAAGCAGGAAACACCCUGCUAUUCACUGUAAAAAGUGGGCUGAUAUCGCCACAGAUCUCAACACACAAAAUCCAGAAUACCUUGAUAUUCGUCACACGGAGAGGGGAAUUCAGUGCCGCAAAACCAAAAAGGUGGGUGGGAAUCUUCACUGCAUCAUGGCCUUCCAGAGGGUCAACUGGCAGAAGCUAGGCCCCUGGGCCCUCAACCUGGAGAACCUGAGGCAUGACCUCCACCAUCAGGGGUCUGAGAGGGCCCAGGGGGGCUUAGCAGAGGUCCAGGAGGACAGGGAGAAGACCUCAGGAAAACACCAGGCUUUGGCCCGGCUAGGCCGCUCCAACAGCACAGGUACCAGUAACCAGAAGGACGUAGCUUGGAAACACCUGUCUAACACCACAGAGUACAGACACAGGAGCUCACCUGAGAGCGACGUCGAAGAAGAUGCCACAGAUGACUGAGACUCAAUGAGAAGGCUGUGAAGUUAGUGCUGCUAAAAUAUACUGGUUAGUAUCUCAAACGUUCUCAUAGUUUUUCACCAAAAAAGAGAGCCGAAGUGUUAUUUUACCCCGUCUAGCGUCAUCCAGAUUCCAUCAAGGAUUUUGCUUGAUUAUUGUAAUGAAAAGUUAGUACAACAUACAAGUCGAUACACUUUAGUGUGAAAGCUACGUUUAAUCGUCUAGCAAUGUAUAGAGGACUGCUGCUAUUAAUCAGAAUGUCUGAUAACAUUGCAUUUAAAAGCCAUUUAAGAAAUAGGAGAAUAAGAAUACAAAUCAAUUUAUUAUACGCUUUAAAGUGAGUGUGUUAGUUUGCGAAUGUGACUGAAAUCCAGUGACUCUUGUAAGCCAAGUUUUUCUCAACUCCACGAUGCACAUCACAUCAACGGAGUUGAGCGGAGACAACUGUGGGCAGACUGUACCUCCAACGAGUCGCUGUCAGUCGAUAAACCCUUACCGUGUACCUAUGUUUGUCCUCUGUAGCCGCCUUUUUAAAUUCCUUACCGUGUACCUAUGUUUGUUUAACUUCUUAUGGCUGCAAUCCCGCUAACGGGAUCGAUAUGACAACAGCCAGUGAAAGUGCAGGGCGCCAAAU